GCUGCCGACGACUUCGUUUGGCUUUCAACGCCGCCUUGGCAUAAAGUCCAAAGUGCAAAUGCUUUGCGGUCAGUUUGGAUUUGAAGUUGGCCAGCAACGCGACGCGCAGCUCCUGCGGCAAGUACAAAAGGCCAGAUCCUUCGGCAAACACCUUUGUUUGCCCAUAUGUGCUGCGGUUUUCCCUGAGUUUUUCGCUGCUCUCUGCGGUGGUGGUCACCUUGCGCCCAUUCGCGUGCCACUCGCCGGCCCACAAGGAAUCGCUCAGCGAAAGAGGAUGCGUUUAUCCUGGCAACACAAUGGCUGAAAGGAAAAGCAAUUACCAGUGAACAAAGCCCAACUGGGUAUCCAGCCGCAGCCCGAAACGAGAUUUUUAAAGACACUAAACCAUUCCCAAGGCCGGAAUUGCUGCGGCAGCGGGACCGAAGCCACCGCAACGCGCUGCACUACUGUGCCGCCCAGGACUCGGAAGGGAGCAAGGACCUCGUGGCGGCCGCCAGCAUUGCGAUCGCAGCCCCCGAGCUGCUGGAGUCGGCGGACGAGGAUGGCUUCACACCGCUCCAUCUGGCCGUCAUCCAGGGCAACCUGGCCAUGGUCAACCUGCUGCUGGCCAACAAGGCGGAUGUGAACGCGGUGGACAAUGAGGGCCACUCGGUGGUGCACUGGGCGACAGUUUGUGGGGAGGUGGAGUCCUUGCGAGCGGUCCUGGCAGCAGGAGCCAGUGUGGCCAAGCCCGACGCCAAUGGUGGCACUCCGCUUCACUAUGCCGCCCAGAUGUGUGGCGCCAGCCAUGACAGCAAGCAGCAGGCCAGUUCCAGCAACAGCUCGAGGCUCUCCCUUGAGAUCCUGGGCAUCCUGCUCUCCCAUCCGCAGAGCAGUGUCGAUGUCCAGGACAAGGAUGGUCGCCAGCCGCUAUUGUGGGCUGCAUCGGCGGGAUCGGCAAAGGCAGUGAUUGCCCUGGUCAAAGCGGGUGCCCGGGUGGAGUCGUCGGAUAAAGAUGGCCUCACUGCCCUGCAUUGUGCUGGUUCACGUGGACACACUGAGUGCAUUGACACCUUGAUAGGCCUGUGUGGUGCUCCCACGGAUCUUAUCGAUUCCAAUGGCUGCACAGCUCUGCACUAUGCCGUAACGUUGGGCCACGCCGAUGCCACUGCUAGAUUGCUGGACUUGGAGGCAGAUCCCAAUCGCCAGGAUCGCAAAGGACGAACACCUGCCCACUGCGGUUGCUCCAAAGGACAGUUUGAGACCCUUAAGUUGCUGAAAGAGCGUGGUGCUAAUCUCUGGCUGCGCAAUGCCAAGGGUGAUCUGCCGCUCCACGAGGCCGCCGCCUCGGGGAGAAGAGAGCUCCUCGAGUGGCUACUUGCCCAGAGGCCCAAGCAGGUGAACACCACCAGCAAUGAUGGACGCAGCUUGCUGCACAUUGCUGCGGCCAAUGAUUACACCGACAUGUGUAAGCUGCUGCUGGACUACGGAGCAGAUGUGAAUGCCGUGUAUCGGAACUCACGAGGAUUGGUCCUCACACCACUGGAUGGAGCUCUGCAGCGUGGGCAUCGCUCCACGGCCAAGUUCCUGCAGGCCAAUGGCGGUCAGCCGGCCAACAAGGUGCGAUUGUCGAGCAGGAGGAGUGGGAAUCCCUUCCACGAAACCAACGCUACUGACAUGGUGAGACCCUUAAAGUAUGUGGAGAAGGAGGAGCUGCACGAUCUGCGCAGCUCCAAGAAGUACGUGGUGUACCUAAAACGCUCCGAUUCGGAUAAUGGAAACGAGAAUGGUAAGACGGAUGAAGUAGAUGGGGAUUGCAGCUGCUCGGAGCAAACUUAUCGCAAGGAGCAGCGAUUGAGGCACGUCUGUCGGCGUCACAAGAGAAGGCAACUGAGGAGGCGCACCAGCAGUUGUGGGGAGUCCAAGCACGAGCGGUGCAGCGAGAUCUGUCGUUCCAAGAGCAACAUCGAGAUUCGAAGGCGGAAGUCCAGGGAGCGCUAUGCCAGCUCUAGUGAGUGGGAGGAGGAGAGUGCCGAGGACUCCUGCGAGAACUGUUGCUACCACAAGCGACAAAAGGAUCGCGUGGUUAAUCGCAAGCGAUCAACAUCCUCUAGGAAGUCAAAAAACCGAGACAGCAGCGAUCCGGACGAGAAAAAUCACACGGAAAAUCACUCAUCGCCUGAAAAGGGUUCGCGGAAACCACUCACCGUCAAUGGGGAUCACCAGGCUGGCAACGGCAACGAUCAAACCAGUGUCAAGGAACGACCACCAUCCGCCAGCAGGCAUCAAACGCCACCCAUGAAGGAGGGAACCUUCAUCAAGUCACCAACCCAGAGCGCAAUGAGUGAAAAGUCCGGACAAAUGGAUAACCUCUUGGUUGAGGAGUCUCAUGCAGUUGAGCUAACAGAUGAAGAACAGGAGGCAGCCAAGUCGGUGGUCACUCAGGUGGACGUGCAUCACGAUGCCGAGGAAAUCCAAACUUCCAAAUCUUCCGAGGAAGCACCACCUGCAGAGGAAAAUGGUAAGGCGAAGGACUCGGAGCAGGAAGUCAAGCUCCAGCUGAGUGAGGAGGAGACGCAGUUGGUCUCCAAGGAGGUGGAGCAGGUGAUCAAGAUAGCUGCCACUGCGCUGAGCAGUGAGUCCAAAAGUUCCAGUGAGGAAAAGUCAGUGGAAAAGGACAUCCCCAAAGAGGGUCAAGAACCUGGGGAAAAGCCUGACGAGGAGGUAAAGGAACACCAAAAUCCAACCCCAUCUGCACCAGCACCACAGCCAACCACACCUCCACCACCCCCCAAGGAGGAGGCCACAAAGCCACCAAGUGCCGCAGAACAACCACCGCCUAAUGCCAACACGGUGGAAGGGAUGGAAUCUGCGGCUGCAGAGCCAGCGUCUGUUGGCAAAAAAACCGAACAGAUGGAGCAGGCUGAAGCCAAGCCGAAACCAAAUACCAAUCCUACUCCCACACCUCCGCCCACCGCUGCUCCACCCGCUCCUCCCUCUGCUGAGCCGAAAAAGCCACCAGCAGCACCACAGCCACGCCCAUCUACAGCCCAAACGCCCACUCCACCCCAGCCGGAGCCACCGCAAAGGGAACAGGAGACGAGGCGCUCCUUUACACUCCUGCCUUCCGAUUCGGCGGACGACGACCCAGUUCUGAAUCCGAAUUCAAAUCCUCCAGCCUCAGCUUCCGAUGAGCCGGCCGGUGAACGGAAAUCGAGCUUCCAAGUUCUGAAAAGCGAUGACUCCCUGGAUGAAAGCACAAAACGACCAGGACGCAAGGUCGACUACGAAGCGGGCAAUCAAGUCUUUCAGGUGGUAGGCGAAGGGGCGUCUGCCGUCCAGCUGCCCAGUGCCGCGGAGCUGGAGAAGAUGGACUACGAAUAUGAAGAGGACGAGUACGAAUACGAUGAUGAUGAGAGGGAUGGUAUUGAUCCGGAGCACGAUAGUGCCUUGCGUCGUUUUCUUAGCAGUGGAAAUCGACAUGGAGUGGGCAAUACCAGCGUGGCAGCUGGAGCAGCUGCAGCCGGAGCAUCCAUGGCGGAUGACGCAUGUGAGGGCAGUGGAGGAAGGAAGCGUCGCCUCAAGAAGCGCGUGCGCAGCGGCAACAAAACGCGCAGCAAUUGGAAAAACUCUCAGGAUUCGCGCGAUGGCGGCAACAUGUCUGCCUUGGCCACCACCAAGGACCAGGAUUCCGGUUUCGAGCCGAGUCCGCGGGCAGAGCGCAGCAAGAUACCCACACUGCGGUCCGCUCACACCGCCCACAUGCCGCGUCGACCCAUCUACGCCACAUUGGACGGACGCUCCUGCAGCAGCCGGAUGGAAAACCGCAAGCCGGGAGACAAGGGCGCCUGCGACAUGGGCGCCGUCACCCGGUCCAUUCAGCGCAAUAUUAGGAGAUAUUACAUGGAGCGCAAGAUCUUCCAGCAUCUCCUGGAGCUCAAGUCGCUGCAGAUUCGCUCCAGCAAGCUGAACGAGGCGGUGCUAGUGAAGCGGGCGGUGGACGACUACCACAAGUCCUGUGUCCUUCUGGGCGGCGAAACGGGCACGCGACUCAGGCGCUACAACUUCAGCGAGUACACGUUCAAGAACUUCGAGCUCUUCCUCUACGAGACGCUCAAAGGACUCCAGCGUCCCGGCACCAACAACUUCCAGAACAUCAACGAGGUGUACGAGGAGGCGGAGCGCCGACUGAGUCCGGACUACAAUGCCUACGAGAAGGCGCUGCAGUGCACCACCAAGACGCACCGAUGUCUGCAUGCGGCUCAUGCCUAUACGGGAAUACCUUGCGCCGCUUACAUUCCCAUGAUGAAUCACCACACGAUGCCAAAGUUCGGCUUUGGACCGUACAAGAAGACCGGCAGCGUGAGCAGCUUCUUCCUACCGAAGAUCCUGACCAGCGGGCGCGCCUCCAGCGGCCGGGCGGGCGGCAUGGGAAGCGCCAGCGGUAGCCGCUGUAAUCACAAGGUGGCGCUGGAGUUGUCGCAUGGCAAGAACAAACAGCUAAUUUCACUGCCCGCGGAAAAGCUGGACAGCAACAAACGAUAUUACGUCACGUUCACAGUGAAGGACUCCUCGGGGCCAUCGGCGUACCAGCAGCAGCAGCAUCAGCAGCAGUGCGGCAAUUCCGCGAGCGGCAAGUAGUGCCCACCGGCGGCGAAUGCGUAUACGUAAUGUGGCGCACGGUGCGUAUACGCCAUCGGGCAUCGUCGAGGCAUCAAGCGCCCGCAUUUUCAGGCUGCAUGUUGUGCUGUUUUUGUGCUGUCGCUGGCUGUGCCACUGCUGCUGCUCCAAAUGCAUUAAAACAAUGCCAUCGCAACAUUUUGUGUCGCUGCUCCCGCCGCUGUUGUUGCCAUUGUUGUGGCCACCCGUUGUCCGCGUUGCCUUUUUUCCAUUCGCUUCCUGUCCUGAUGCCGUAGUAAUGCCACGGAAAAUGCUGGCUUCUGCUGUGUAGUCCAAUUACAUUGGCAAAAUCAAACUCUUUCAGCACUUAGACCUUUAAAACUCUCUGGCUUCUUAAAAUACAUUGACUUGGUUAAGUUGAGAAUUAAGUUUAAUUUUAGCUUUCAUAGCUAGCUGCUUAGUGGUAUAUCUUGCUGAUUACAGGGUAUGCGAGUGUCCACCGCUGCUGCUUCUGCUGCAUUUUAAGAUGGCCAACUGCUGAUAAUGGAUGAUGGCUCUGCCCUGCGGCUGUCAGUUGAAGUUGUCACGCCAGCAGCGAUGCAGGCAGCAAUGGCAGCGGGAAAAGCAAAAGCAGCAGCACCAGCGAUUGCUAAGGCAACGGCAGCUUAAAUUAUGUGGUCCUCCAAACCCGGACAGUUCAAAUGUUCAGUUGUUCACUUGUUCAGUUGCUCAGUUGCUCAGUUGUUGGGUUCUUCAGCUCCGCGCUGCGUUGUUUGCCUGUAUUUCGCAUUCUUUUUUGCCGUCCGUUUGUUUGUUUGUCUGUCCGUUUGUUUGUCCGUUGGCACUGCCGCUGCGCUUUUAUUUCAGUUUUUUCAUUAUCAUUUUUUGUCGCAGUCGCUGGUUCCUGUUGUUUGGAGGGGGCUGGCGUGCUCCUAAUGCCGCAGAUAAGCGUUGUUAUUAACGCUCGGCUUACCAGGACUAGGCGACAGGCGUGAGGACAUGCCGCCCAUCGUCGCUUUUGUCCACAGAAAGGACAUGCUGGUGGUUGGGGAGCAGGAGUAGCAGCAGCAACAGCAGGGGAGCAACAGCAGAAGCUAAAGCAGAUUCAGAAUCAGCGAAUGAAUAAAUGUAAAAUAUGUACCGUGCAUUUCUUUGGCAUUUCAACAUUUUUACUUUAUUUGCAAUUUUAUUUACUUGUCUGCUUGUGCGCUCGCCCUGCCAUCCCAUUUUUCCAUACCACACCAGACCAUGCCAUCCCAGACAGCCAAGCCAUUCAAGCCGUUGUUUGUUUGUUUGCUUACUUGGCGCUGAGUGCAUUGUAAAUGGAGAAUAAUUGCAUUGCAUACAAAAAGCGUCGCGAUUUUUAAAUUGUAUAAGCGAACAGGAGCAGCAGGAGCAUCAGCAGCAGCAUCAGCACAGGAGCAACAGCAACGUGCAGCGUAAAAUGAUUUCUUUAAAUAUCAAAUUAUAAGAACGGAAUGCAUAAUAAAUUCUAUACUUUAAGAGUUCUCGUUCCGCGUAGACGUAAGGCAGCUGUUGCGAAAUAAACGUUGAAAAUGUCUAACUUGA